CCUUCUCUUUUUGGUGUCGAGAGCUGUGUUAUGUUUCAUGAGAAUGCUCGCUCGAACUUUUUAUUUACCUCGUCAUGCUUCGUUAGAUGGCUGCCCACCAAUUCUUUUGGGUGUCCACUUAAUUCUUUUGUCCUCUCUCUCUCUCUCUCUCUCUCUCUCUCUUCCUCUCCAACUCUCUCGGUGUUCUCAAGAGCAGCGAGUGCAAACAGGUUAUACAAUAACUACUACAUUUGUCUCUCUUCUACGCAAAGCAAUGUCAGAGCAAGCCCCUGCUCACCACCACAGUGGAGAAGGAUGGGUUGGAAUCCGUAAUGUGAAGACAAAGAAUGCUGUGAUGUAUAUUUUUCUCAAGAUAUCUGAUGUUCGAAGAAGAAGCCCUUUUGUUUGAUUCAAAGGUGGAGACAUCCUUCCUCCGACGAGUGCCAAAGAGGUUAGGUUCUUGGAGCACCGACAAAAGAAAAGAUCAAGCCUCGAUCCAGAUGAAAGAAAAAGGUAGAGGACUCUUUCUUUGAUUCACAGAUGAGGAAUCCUGCUCAUAUGAGAAUCUAAGCCUCACUCCAGGUGAAAGAAAAAGGUAAACGACUCCCGGUCCGACUCCUCCUCCUCAGGCUUACAUUCGAGCAUCCUCUGCUAUGUUAGUCAUGUCAGAAUGACAAAGGAAAAGUUAUUGAUCGUAUAUUGUUGUAAUGUGGUAGUCGUCGGAGGAAAUAUCCACAGAUUGUAAGGACUCCGUCUGCUUGAUAAAUGUGUUUUAUCUUCAUUGCUCUUACAGCAGUGAUGCUCAAUUCUGAGAGGUAGGUGUUUGGACCUUGUGAUGCCGUCAUCUUGGGAGUAUAUGGGGGACAUGGCCAACGUCGUCCAGCUGACCGGCCUCGACGCCGUCCGCCUGAUCGGCAUGAUCGUAAAGGCCGCCUCUGUUGCGCGGAUGCACAAGAAGAAUUGCCGGCGGUUCGCGCAGCACCUGAAGCUUAUCGGCAGUCUCCUGGAGCAGCUCAAGAUCUCGGAGCUCAAGAGGUAUCCCGAGACGCGCGAGCCGCUGGAGCAGCUCGAGGAUGCCCUGAGGAGGUCCUACAUUCUCGUCAACAGCUGUCAGGACCGCAGCUACCUGUAUCUCUUGGCCAUGGGGUGGAACAUCGUCUACCAGUUCAGGAGGGCACAGAGCGAGAUCGAUCGGUACUUGAGACUGAUUCCACUGAUCACUCUUGUCGACAAACAUAGAAUCAGGGAAAGAUUGGAGUAUAUUGAAAGGGACCAAUGUGAAUAUAGCUUUGAUGAAGAAGACAGGAAGGUGCAAGAUGUUCUGCUAAAUCCAGUUCCUUGCAAAAGUCAGAGCAUGGUUCUCAAAAAGUCUCUUUCUUGUUCAGACUCAAGCAUGUCAUUUGAUGAAGCUCUUCAGAAAGAAAAUGAGAAGCUUCAGAUGGAACUUCAAAGAUCACAAACUAACCUAGACGUAGGUGCAUGCGGACUUAUCCAACAAUUGCUUGGACUAACCGAGACUAUGGCAAGUGCGUUCCCGGAGAACACCGUAGAACUGAAGAAUUAUGAAAAUGUGGAGUCAGCAUCUGUUGAUGUCCUUGAUGGCAAAGAAGAUUAUUCCUCUUAUGGGAACUAUUACAGCCAGCAAGAUGACACUUGCAAGGCAUCAUCAAGGCAUCAAGACAUGCUGUUUCCCUUGUGGGACUUUUUCAAAAAUCGCUUCGGUGGCAAAAAACAGACAUCUUCUGCGGAAGCAUGCAAUGACUUCAUGGCGUAUGCAUUGGUUCUAUCCUGUUGCUGUUACACAUGUUGCAUCAGGAGAAAGCUUCGUAAAAUGCUGAACAUUACGGGAGGUUUAUGUGAUGAUUUCCUCUCACACCUGAUGUGCUGCUGCUGUGCCUUGGUUCAAGAAUGGCGCGAAGUGGAGUUUCGUGGGAGUAAUGUUGUGGAUAAGACGAAAACAAAUCCACCAGCUUCUCAAUACAUGGAAUCUUGACUACACAGAAUGGCAGCAAUAGACCUCAGUCUGGCCACAGGAAAUGAUGGAAGUAGUGCUAGUCGUCUUGUGUGUACAAUAUCUGUGUGUGUGUGUGUGUGUGUGUGUAGUAUUGCACUUGGGUAUUCAUUCAUUCAUUCAUUUGUAAGUGAAGAUAACUUGGUGUGUUUGUAGAACGGGAUAUGCUUCUGCUAUUGAAAGUAAAAGAAGGUUAAUUAUUGCA